AUGGCUUUCAUCCGUCGUGAACCCACUUAUCACAUCCGACAAGGAUUGAAUAACCUGAUGUUAAGGCACAUGAGUACUCCUUUCUGCGAGGCUAUAAUGAACGCUCCCAAAAAACCCAAAGUCAAGACUCCUACCAUUGUGGCCUAUGACGGCACCUCUGACCCGGAUAUGCAAUUAGUUGCAUACCGUCACCACAUGCAUGUACAAGGGACCAAUGAAGCUACAUGGUGCAAAUACAUUUCAGCCACCCUCAAAGGUGUAGCAUCCAAAUGGUUUGAAAGGCUACCUGCAGGAUCAAUUGCCUCCUUGAAUGAGCUACAGACACUAUUUUCCACUAGGUUUAUGGCAUACAAGGAAGAAAGGAAGACGAGUGUGCACCUAGGCCGCAUUCAGCAGGGGAAAGAUGAAUCUUUGCGAAGCUAUGUCAAACGCUUCAACCUGGAAGCUGGUCAGAUUCCAGACUUGCCCGAUGGCAUCUCCUUAGAUAACUUCAUCAGGGGCUUUAAGAAGGGAUCAUUCAAAUUCGAUCUAGUCGAGAGGAGUGUACGAACGAUGGGAGAAGUUCUGGACAAGGUUGAGGCAUUCAUACAUGCCACAGAAAUAUGUAGUGUGUCCAAAGACGGUAAGGCUGGAGAAGCAACGGACUCGUCCGGGAAAAAGGAAAGGACUGAUCAAAAGUCACACGGGUCAACGACACCUGGGCACUAUAUAUCUAAAGAAAAAGACUCCACCUCUCCCGGACAAAAGACAGGACCGCCGCAAGAGAAAGAAUUUUUUGAGUAUAACACGAACUUCCUUACCAUUCUAGUAGACGUAGGGACCAUGUUCGACCUAGAACGACCUUUUCCAAUGAAAUAUCUCGCUGAGAAUCGAGAUCCCAAGUUGUACUGCCAGUUUCACGAACAUAUAGGUCAUGAUACCAAAGACUGUAGGAGUCUGGAAAGGGCCCUGGAUGGCCUGGCUUCCAAAGGACACUUAAAAAACUAUCUACAGAUGAACACUCACAGCACAAGAAAAAGCCAUUACAAGAAGAACAAGUCACCCGUUUCAGCUGGAGAAGGAAAUCAUACUGAAGGGGGAUUCGUAGCUUUCAUAUCAGGGGGCCCUGCCUCCAGAGGACCCACCAUGAGGGGAAAGAAAGACUAUGCCCGUCGAUUAGGACAAGCAAUGCUAUCAAGGAAGUCACCAAUGGACCCAUUCCCCCGGAUUGAAAUAUGUGAGUCCGAUGGAUGA